AUGUCCUCGACUAAUGAACUUGUGGAUAAGACUCAUACUGCAGAUGUAUGUGGAGAUGUUGUUUUCCUAGAGAUUGACGGUGUUCUGCCUAACUGGAAUCACUACUGCGUCAAAGUCUCAUUUGAUACUCCUGGAACCAAGACUAUUGUUUUCCGUCUUCGUGAAGGUGCAGACCCUCGGCCGAAACCAAGCAUGACACACGCUGUCCAAACUGAGAGCGAGCCGAAGGAGAAAGAAGAAGAGCACAAUGAUGCGGUGAAGUUCGAAGAAGAAGACACAAUGAUAGCUGAAGCGGAGGAUCUAAAAUCCAAGCAGGAGGACAACAAUUUGUUGGAUCAAUCUGCGAGGUCAUGGACAAGGUGUACUGCAAUGCCGUGCAGACAUCUACCUCAGAUUGGGGGAAAUCCAGAUCCAUUAACAAGGGCUAUCUUACGUCCACAGUCCCGCCCUUGGCGUCACAUCAUCCGACUUUUCAAUCCAUCUGAGAUUCCGCAGAAGGUAGCAGAUAUUCAAGAGCGGAAACGUAAGUUCGAGGAGUAUUCAGGGUAUUGA